CAUAUACAUACCAUGUCAACAUCAAACACUACAGUUCUAUACAGCUAUUGGAGAUCAUCAUGCUCCUGGAGAGUGCGUGUCGCUCUCGCCUUCAAGAAGGAGAAGUAUGAGUAUAAGGCUAUCCAUCUCAUCAAGGAUGGUGGUCAACAGACUACAGAGGAAUACAAUCAAUUGAACUCAAUGAGAGUCGUCCCAACAUUGGUCAUCGAUGGACAUGUGCUUGGACAAUCAUUGGCCAUGCUUGAGUACCUUGAGGAGACUAGACCAGAGCCAGCACUCCUCCCAACAAAGCCAGCUGAGCGUGCUAUCGUGCGUCAGAUGAUGCAGAUCAUUGGAUCGGACAUCCAGCCACUCCAGAACCUCAAGGUGCUCAACAAGCUCGCUCAGAUGACCGGCGACGAAUCCAAGAAGGCCGAGUGGGCCAAGACCUGGAUUGCCAACGGUUUCAACGGUCUUGAGGCUCUGCUCGUCAAGCACAGUGGCAAGUACUGUGUCGGCGAUCAGAUCACCUUUGCCGACCUCUGCAUUCCAGCCCAAGUGUUCAAUGCUCAUCGUUUCAACGUUGACAUGUCUGCCUAUCCCAACAUUGCCCGUGUCAACAACACCCUUUCCGAGUUACCCGAGUUCCAAGCUGCUCAUCCCUCUCAACAACCAGAUGUUGAG